CCGGCUGCGGGCGAGGAGCUGUCGGGGGUGUUUCAGGAGAUGUUAAAGUUCGAGUGUCACUUCAUCAACGGCACCGAGCGGGUGAGGAACGUUCUGAGGAAAAUCUACAACCGGGAGCAGUACGUGCACUUCGACAGCGAUGUGGGGGUGUUUGUGGGGGACACCCCGUACGGGGAGAAGUUUGCCAAGAAAUGGAACAGCGACCAGGAAUGGCUGGAGUAUGCACGGUCUCUGGUGGACACGUGCUGCCCUCAAAACUACAAGCUGUACACCCCGUUCAGCGUGGAGAGGAGAGAGAUGCCACUGGACACCGUCCGCAGCAAGAUCCUGGUGGGGGUCAGGGGCUUCGUCUUGGGCUUGGUCUUCCUGGCGCUGGGGCUCGGCUUCUACCUGUGGGAGAAGGAGGGAAGUCACGGCAGCUCCGCAAUUGGAGAUACAUCCGUCUUCAACGUUGCAAUCACGUCGGCGUCGCCAGAUGUCGCUGAUAAGUGUCGGAACGGCCAAAGCGACACAAAAAAAG